AUGGAGCCCCAAGGCUCCGCUAUCAACAUACCAGACCAGCUCGCAUCUCUUGGGUUCAAAGAAUUCCCUUUCCUGGUCCCACUCCCACAGCCAAACGAUGACCUCGAGACAACGGUAAUAAAAAUGCACAAUAUUGCCGAAGUACUCGCCAGCGGAGGCCACAUCACUCCCCAAAGCAAAGACAUAACCUCCUCCGUAUCACGCAAACAUGACGCCGAGUCCUUCGCCAAGGAGCGCAUGUCCACCAUGGAGCGGGCCCUUUACGAACAGUGGCAGAACACGCAGCUUCAAAUACCGGACUUCGACUGGACGCGAAACGUGAUGCGCCUCCCUUCCGAGGAUGCGCAGAGCCUCAAGACCUUCGCGCAGCGCGCGGAGGCUAUGGAUAUCCUCUGGUGUCGCAAGGGAGCUUCGCCUGAGAACGCGCUAUGGCUGUCUUCUAAUAUGGACUUUAUAUUGCCUCUUAUCAAGGCCAUUACCAAGGUGUUGAACGCCCAGCAGCAUCUGGAGGCUCACGAUCCAUUGGUGGGGCUGAGCAGUGACGAGGUUGCAGAGCUGGAAGUCCUGCGGCUUAUUAGGGCAAUGGCGGACGCGAAGAUGGCGCAGGAGCGUGAGCGGGUACGGAAGUUGGGGGAGUCUUUAGCGUUGUCGUUGAGCGUGGUACGCGGACGGUUGGAAUCGCUGCAGAAAUGA